GUAUGGCGUUGCUUCAAUGUCCUCCACCUUGCUUGCGGCGGUGGGCAUGAGGCUCCUUGAGGCUUCGGACGGAGGCUCUCAGCGACGCAACGACGCCCAGACACGCAGAGCAUCAAGAUGGCCUUCCGCCCGGAUGCCGAUGAAGACCCAUCCCGCUUGAAAUAUAAGCGCAGACACAGACACCCCCUAGCACUCACUAUGUCGACUAGUACUGUUCCUCAGGCCAUCGAAGGCGACAAGCAUCAGCCAAAAUGUCUACCCCGAACCCACCCCCCCCCUACUCGCCCCGCCACAUGCCCUCCACCCACUCCAAGCGGCAAAGGUUUCCGCCUGCUAUGGAACUACGACUUGCCAGUCAACCCGACGGAUACUUCACGGCCGGUGCUCGUUGGUACCGAAGUGACCGUUGCAAGUCCUUGUGCUUGCGCUAACUCAUGUUCGAGUAAACCACGUUGUGAUUAUUGGAGCUGGGAUGGGCCCACGCAGACUUGCCAGUUGCGCGGGUUAGCUAAUGCGAUGCCAGAGAAACAGUACCAUACUAUCUUCAAAAUGGUGCCCAGCAAUAUUCUCGCCGGCGGUCUUCCGCCAUUGCACGCAGACCAAGACAUUUGGCAUCAGUUCGGCACACCCUGGACAUCCGACGCAUGCAUCUCCCUCUGCAUGGGCAACUCUACAUGCCAGUACGUCGCAUGGGCUCCGACAGAGUGCUGGCUGAAGUCGGGCGUCUAUGUUGCGACGGAUUUUGCUGUGGGAUUGCCCGACCCUGCUGUUGCUUAUUCAUCGAUUGAUCCGCCGGUACAGUCCUCAUCCGCGCCAACUUCGGGUCCGACUAAUGCUCCUAGCGCCGGAGCGAGCGCUGGAGACAGUAAAAGCAAUGUAUUGCCUGCGGCCGUAGGUGGUGCGGCAGGAGCAGCCGUCAUCGCGAUUAUAGGCGCGUUGUUACUUCUGCAUCGGCAUCGGAAACGAAACGCCAUGCGAACUGCUGAUAAGACGACCGGGUAUCUACCGGCUUCCGCCCAUCCGCCAGCGGCCGCGACGGCUGAUGCAUUUGUCCCGCUUGCGUCAGGAGGGACGCCGGCGCGGACGGAAACUAUGGCAUCCGGCCCCAUUCCUAGUAUAGUCAAUCCUCCUUUCCAAUCCGCACCACAAGGUUCCCACCAUAUCGUGAACAUGGCCGAUACUCAAGCAUCGGCGUCCCUUCCACUGAGCAGCGAUAUGGCGGCUGCAACGGCAACGGCAACCCCGCCAUCCUACGCAGAAUCUGAACGCCAAAUUUUCGGCCCGAACAUUCCCGUCGCGGGCACUGCCACCGGCAAAAACAGAUUCAUCCAUCCCUACGUACCCCACCACACUGCCGAUCACGCCUCCCCAAGCGCCGGGACGCCAUCCUCCUCGCCUGGCGAAUACCUAGCAAUCCAAGGCCACACCCCGGCAAACCCAGAGGAGAUGUUGGUGCACAAAGGCGAUUGUGUGUUGGUGCAGAGUAUCAGGACGGCUCGCGAGGGUGAAGAUGCGGGAUCUGAGUGGGCGGUUGAUGCGGUGAAUAUUACGAGGGGCGGGAAAGGGGAUGUGCCGAUGGGGUGUUUGAGGAAGGAGGGGUGAGGCGGGAAGGCGGCGGGACCACGAAGUUGUUCCAUCCCUCGGUUUCACGGCGUAUUUAUUAGCGGGGACCCUCUAGAGUGUCUUCUUGAAUACAGACGACAGCCUUUUUCUGUUCUGCGGACUUGGCGUAUGUUUGAUUCUUCCCACAUGUUGCAUUCCCCCCCUACUCGCCACUAUUUGAAGGGAUUGUUAGUCUGUACAUCUUUUUGUUCGUUCAGAUUCAUUAUAUUGAA